AUGGAUAUUAAUUUUAAAGUCAACCUAAAAUAAGAUUAAUUUAAACUCUAACCUGGGUUCAAAAGAUGCUAGGACUUGUUUGAAUAUAUAAAUAAUUAAAUUAACAACCAAGAGAGGGAAAUUAUGUAAAAAUCUAUUUAUAAUUAGGACCGAUUUACAAGGAAGAAGAUAUUUAUGA